AUGGACUACAGUUGCUUCAAUUACCCGACAUAUGGGGUACCUCGCUCUGGUGCCAGUGAUGCGCGCCACGCCCGCUCAGAACCUCUUUACAGCCCUCGCCGCUCUACACCUUCGACCCACCCCAAAACACAAGGGGAAGGCCCUCUCCCCGACCCCCUCAAUGUCCCAAUGACCGUCCCCGCGCAAGGUGGAGGUAGCGCAGGUCUUUGGGAAUGUCUUCUUUGCAAUCGGACAAUGCACGCCGCGCUGAAAGGGGCACACCUCGAGAGUUAUGUACACCUUCAGAACGACAUAUCAAGGAAGCAAGGAUUCGAGCGAGGGCAGGGGCGAAUAGAGCAGGAAGCGAUGCAGGAGGAUAGAAAGGAGAAGAAAUUGGCGGCGCUGGACAGGCUCAGGGAGCUGCAGGAGAAAAGGCAAGAGAAACAACGGUUAGAAGCUCUGGUCAACCAAGAGAAAGAAGAGGAAGGGCGGAGAGUUGAGAAAAAAAGACUCGAAGAGAAGGUGUUCGAGGUCCCAACGACCGUCCCCGCGCAAGGUGGAGGUAGGGCAGGCAUUUGUGAAUGUCUUCUUUGCAACUGGAAAAUGCACGCCGCGCUGAAAGGCGCACACCCCGAGAGCAAUAUACACCCUUCGAACGAUAGGCGGAUAGAGCAGAAAGUGAUGCAGGAGGAUAGAAAGGAGAAGAAAUUGGCGGAGCUGGACAGGCUUAGGAAGCUACAGGAGAAAAGGCAAGAGAAACAACGGUUAGAAGGACUUCUCAACCAAGAGAAAGAGGAAGAAUUGCGGAGAGUUGAGAAAGAAAGACUCGAAGAGAAGAUAUUCAAGGAGCAAACACAACAAAAGAAACAAGAGGAGGAACAGAGAAAGGUUAGCGAGCACAGGACGGAGAACGCGCGAAAGAUAGGACAGAAUCAUGCUACACCGAAGUAUCAGCCACCGGUAAAGGAUGUUACCCCUUGGGAAUGCGAUGUAUGCGAAAUAACUUUGAAGACACAUCUCAAAACCUACCACAUCGCUAGCAGUUUACACAGUCAGAAUGCGAACCAGCGGAAAGAUGAAGAGAGGCAAAGGGAGCAAGCGAAUAUAGAAGAGCGGCGGUUUAAGGAGGAAGAGUGGAAGGAGAAAAUGCGCUUGGAGGAAGAGGAGAGGCUGAAGCAGCAAGAGAGAAAGAUCGAGGAGCAACGGAUUGCGGAAGAGAGAAGAAUUGAGGAAGAGAGAAGAAUUGAGGAAGAGAGAAGAAUUGCGGAGGAGAGAAGAAUUGCGGAAGUGAUAAGAUUUGCGGAAGAGAGAAGAAUUGCGGAAGAGAGAAGAAUUGCGGAAGAGAGAAGAAUUGCGGAAGAGAUAAGAAUUGCGGAAGGGAAAAUAAUUGCGGUGGAGAGAAAAAUUGCGGAAGUGAGAAGAAUUACAGAAGAGAGAAGAAUGGAGGAGAGGCGGAAAGAAGAACAGAGACAGAAGGAGGAGCAAAUAAUCUCAGAAGCGAAAAGGAUUCAGGAUAUGCGGGAAGAGGAAGAGAGGCGUAAAGAUGAAGUGGAGAAGGAAAGAAGGAAAGAAGGCGAACGGCAGAAACUGGAAAUAUCGCAGUCUCAAGAUGAGGUUGAGGAAGCCCAAAAGGAGAGAGGGACCGAACAGCAGGAGAAGCCUAUUAGGGAACAGGGGCGUGUUACCGAACCACCGCUAGUGUUGACAUCGGCGGCACCGAACGCGAAUAUACAGUGGCAAGGGGUGAUUGGGGGAUAUACUGAGGAGGACCGCAGAGCGAGGAUGCUUCAGUAUCUAUUAUCACAAGGAGAACUUCAACAGGAGUCAUAUAAGUGGGACACAAAGAGCGUAUGGACACAUGAAGGAAUGUAUUUGGAAUACAAAGAACAGAUGUCACAGGGACAGAUGUUACAGGAACAGGCAACCUGGGUGCAAAGUCCUGCGUGCUUUCUCCCUCCACCGGUGUCAUGCGUGACGGACCUGCCGCCAAUCUUAUAUCGAGUCUAUGAUGAGACCUCUGUGAGUCAGUACACGAUGGCUGGGUUUAACUCCGGAAAUCCGUAUCUGCCAAACAAUCCCUCACAAUUCAAAGCCAUGGUCGAAUGUCACUCCAAUUGGAGUAGCAGAGCCAGAACACCUUUUAUUUCCGUGACAACAAACCCAGACAAAGCGCGUUGGCACGCAGCCAACAAAAAGGCUACCCGAAGGUACAGUAAUCCCAUGAUAGCUUUGAUAGACACCGCUACCCUCUUCACCACAUGCCGAUCGCAGCUCUGGAAGAUGCACGAUGCGAUGGAUUACUUCGGUCUGGAGCCGUCUAAUUGUCACCGUCGAGCAUAUGACAAUGAGUAUAUAUGCGCUCUGCAAAUCCCAGCGAUAUCUAUCUUGGCCUGUUGCCAAACCGACUAUUUUCUUGAUAUUGCCUCGAUCUUUUUGACAAGGCUGUAUUCCCGGCGAUAG